UGCCUUCCUUGCCCGUCCAGUCUUCCAUCAAGCCAAUUUCCCUCGAUCCAUCUCGCUGCGGCCCCUUCCAUCGCUGCCGUCGUCGUCGCGUCGUAUUUCGCUCCUCGUUCGGUUUCGCUCCUACGUGCCCCGUUCUCCUUUCUCCCCCUCCUCGUCCAGACGAAGCAAAGCGAAUAAGAAAGCGAGAUAUCUCGAAGCAUCCCCUAUCCAUCCGUCAUCAAGCCUUGCCUCCUUUUCCUCUUCACGACUCUCGUUCGUGUCGGGAUAACGAUCGAAUACCCCCUCCCCACAACCACAAGUCUCUCCCGGUGUCCGUGUUCGUGUCCGUCCUAGAGUGCUGGAGAUAGACUCUCGUCCCGGGCGCUAGGGUCCCCACCUCGUCUGGCAUUCCUGCCAGAUUAUCGAUCCCGGAGGCCAUUUGGCCCGUUUCUGUUCCCUUUUUUUCUGCUUGACGAAGCUUUUUUUUAGAGGUUCCUGGAUACCAUUCCUGAAUAGAUACUGCGCGUUCCAUCUCGCUACUCUACCGAGCGCUCCCGAAGCUGCCCUCCCCGCCGUUCGUCGUCUGUCUUUCCCGCGGCUACCCCAUCACACCGUGCUUGGUCGACCUUGUUCUCUACUUUUUCUUUCUUUUCCUUCUCGUCUCUCAUCACAGCCAGCGUAAAAGAUGGCUGACCAGAGUGAAGUGGAUUUGGAUUCAAUCAUUGACAGACUCCUUGAGGUGAGGGGCAGCCGGCCUGGCAAGCAGGUUCAGCUUCUGGAGUCCGAGAUCCGCUAUCUUUGCACCAAGGCCAGAGAGAUCUUCAUUUCUCAGCCGAUACUGCUGGAGCUGGAAGCGCCAAUCAAGAUAUGUGGCGACAUUCAUGGUCAAUACUACGAUCUCCUUCGUCUUUUUGAAUACGGUGGCUUCCCGCCCGAAGCGAACUAUCUGUUCCUCGGGGACUACGUCGACCGUGGCAAGCAAUCGCUCGAGACUAUCUGCCUUCUACUCGCGUACAAGAUCAAGUAUCCCGAAAACUUCUUCGUCCUUCGCGGUAACCACGAGUGCGCGUCGAUCAACCGUAUCUAUGGCUUCUAUGAUGAGUGCAAGCGGAGGUAUAACAUCAAACUUUGGAAGACAUUCACCGACUGCUUCAACUGCCUGCCUAUUGCGGCCAUCAUCGAUGAGAAGAUUUUCACCAUGCACGGUGGCCUGAGCCCUGACCUCAAUUCCAUGGAACAGAUUCGCCGUGUUAUGCGCCCUACUGAUAUUCCCGACUGCGGUCUUCUCUGCGAUCUUCUGUGGUCCGAUCCCGACAAAGACAUCACUGGUUGGAGUGAAAAUGAUCGUGGUGUGUCGUUCACAUUCGGUCCCGACGUUGUAUCGCGUUUCCUCCAGAAGCACGACAUGGAUUUGAUAUGUCGCGCUCACCAAGUCGUCGAGGACGGCUACGAGUUCUUCUCCAAGCGACAGCUCGUAACGCUCUUCAGCGCACCCAACUACUGCGGCGAGUUUGACAACGCUGGCGCGAUGAUGAAUGUGGACGAGAGCCUUCUUUGUUCGUUCCAGAUUUUGAAACCAGCAGAAAAGAAACAAAAGUACGUUUACGGGGGCAUGAGCUCAGGCAGGCCCAUCACUCCUCCGCGAAAGCAGAAGAAGUAAAAGGAAUCAUACGAGCUUUUCCAUGUACAGCAGGUUCGGGCGGAGAUAAUCCUUUCUUUCUCUUAGAAAGUAUCAAGGUCACGACGACAUCCGAGGCAACCCAUCGAAUGCUAAGACAACAUCCGAGCAUCCCACGAUCCUCCCGAUACGCCAUGGCAAAACUUCGACACGACCGCGAUAUACAAUAUUAUCACCUCCCGCAUUCCGAAGAGAGAUCCGCAUUACCCGCCCCGCCGGCUUGAUCUGAACUCCGUGUUAUCACUAUCUGGAAGGAAGGUACUUUUCUGCACCCUUAAAGACUUGGUUUUCU